AUGAAGAAAUUUCUUAGUUUACCAGAAGAGAUAAUCUCGUUAACUUUAAGAUAUAUUGAUGACAAAAACACGUUUGAAGAAUUAAUAACGGUUCCAUCGUUACAAAUUUACGCGUUAAAGGAAAGAUAUAACGAAUAUAUAAUUGGAAAUGAUCGUAAAUACAUUGAAUACAUUGAUGGAUCAGUUAAUGAUUUAGUAGAUCUUCAUAAGAAAUACAAGUUUAAACCUUCAAAAAUCAUUGGGAAGUUACAAGAUAUUUUAGAUUUGUUUGAAAUUAGAGAGCUGCAUCUAAUUAGUAAAAAUUCGAAUUCAAUUUACAAUUUCAUUGAUGACAAAAACAUACAAUUUGAAUUAUGUUUGAAUGAGUUUACAAAACUUGAAGAAUUAGAAACAAUUUUAACUAAAAUUAAUGUUGUUGGUAUCCAUUUUCAGAGAAGUGGAUGGUUGAAUCAAUAUAUAGCUUUUCAAGGUACAUCACUGGGUGAAGAGUAUAAUAUUGACACCGUUAAGUCAUUUUUGGAAUUUGUGGGGCCAAUCAAUUUGUCAACUUUAUCAACACUAUAUAAGAAUUCUUUGAUUGAUUAUUUGCCCAUAUCUUUAAAAAAAUUAACUUUAUAUGUUCAUAAUUCUCCAGCGGAUGAUAUAAAAUUGAGUAAAUUUAUAAAUCUUGAAUCUUUUAUUUGUGAUGGCCUUAAUAAUACACAAUCUUUAGAUGAACUUCAACUUCCAAUUUCCCUUAAACAUUUAGAGUUAUUGUCAUGUAGUGGUUUAAGAUAUUUACACAAUUUGGAAAAACUCACUAAUUUGAUUACCCUUAACAUACAUGGAUGUUAUAAUUUUUAUAAUUUUAUUAAUACUUCAUUUCCUGAUUCAUUGAGAUCGUUAUUUUAUUGGCCGAAUCUUACUACCAUGGGUAUUAAAUAUUUAUACAAUGAUGUUUGUAGUGGUAAUAAUAAUGAAUUUGAAGUUACAAAUUUUUCAGAGGAUGGUCAAUCAUUUAUUAUUGAUUCUGAUUUUCAGUUUCCUCCUUGGUUAAAUCAAUUGAGAAUAAAUGAUUGUGGAUGUUUUACAAUGGAACCUAAUUCUAGCUUAAAAGCUCUUUCCUCUAUAAGAUUAAAUGGUUUGGCAAUGAUUGAUUUAAAUGGAAUUUUAAAGUUUCUUCCCAAAAUUAUGAAUGAAGUUGUAAUAGAAAGCUCGAAUAUUUCAAAUAAUGAUAACCAGUUGGUGUUUCCAUCCUUGAUACGUUUGGCUAUUUUUGAUAAUAGAAUUGAAGAAGGCUUUGAAGUGGAGCUUUCUGAUUUAGUUAGAAUACAGGAAAUUUCAAUCAAUUUCAAUGAAAUAGUCAAAGCUGGUAAAGAAUUAAAAAAGUACGGUAAAUUAAAUCAACCAUUGGAUCCAACUUUGUUUUUGUCUCCAGGUUCAGUUCAUAAAUAUAUUGAUAAAUCACUUAGAAUACAAAAUUCUAGCUCAGUUUCAGAAACAUUACAUUUUCCUAACUUAAAAAAACUCAAUUUAGUACAAAGUCAAUCUAGCAGUAAAAUUAGAUCCACGCGUAACACAAUUAGUAUCCCUCAAAUAUCAUAUUUAGGUUUUGAAGCAUUAAAAUCUAUUCGAUUAAUUAAUUUAGACUUUGAAAUUUUAAAUUUGAAUCUUUUUCCAAUAACUUUACAAAGUUUAGUUAUUAAAGAAUGCAAAUUGAUUUCAAUUUUAGGAGGGUUUAGUAAUUUGAAAAAUUUAAAACAAUUAAGUAUAAUAAAUUGUAAAGUUAAUUAUACUAUGUUAAUAAAUCAAACCUUUCCUGAAAGUUUACAAACUUUGGAUCUUUCAGAGAACAAAAUUGAAAAUUUAACUUGUUUAAAUAUUACAAAUUGUACAAACUUAUCACGGUUGCAAUUGAGAGAUGUUACAAAAUUGGAUGAGCCAAAAGGUGCUACUGAAUUAAGGGAUUUUGUUUUGAAGAUAAAUUCCAAAACUGCAAGCUGUAAUGCGUAUCUAUCAGCUUAUAAACGUCGAGGGACAAAAGUUAUAUUUGAGGUAAGGAAUGGUGAGGUUAUAACUUAG